AGAUCGUCCACAAAGGCUUCAGCAGGCUGUCGGCUUUAAGACUUAACGGGGUUUACGUGGCCAGACUUACAUGUUCGGACUAUAGCCUACGAGUAUUAGCGUGACAUAAAGGGGACGCUAGGGUAAACUCGAAGGCAUAUUAUUUUUCUUUUACACUGAUUGCUAUUGGAGAUAUACUUAUAAUUGGCUGGUGGACUAUGGAAUCUGAAACCACAAUCUUUAUACAAGCUUGAACAGUAACGAAUUGGAGAGAGACUUCUGGGAAUACACUGAACGAGGCCUAAGGAAACAAACAUAUUACAAGGACUCUAGUUAACUUUGCAAUUGGAAACAGACGGACAGAACCUCGCAAACAUCCGCUCAUUUCUGUCGUACGGGGACACUGGCCUGCGGUUGCUCAUAGCCACAGUCUUGUCCACUCUCUUCUUCCGGUUACGGAGCGCAUGGACCGGCACCCAGACGCCCGCAGUUGCAGCUGUGCCAUCCGUGGAGCCACGUCCUGUUGUCCCGGUCUCAUCUCGAGCGAACCGUCCAUGAAUGUGUCUAUCAACUCAACAACUGGCACGCGCUUCGAGCUCUCUCUUCCACGCGAGGAGACGGUGGAAGGACUGAAGAGGAGGCUCGCGCAGAGGCUGAGGGUCCCCAAAGAAAGGCUCGCGCUUCUGCACAAAGACACGAGGCUGACCUCGGGGAAGUUGCAGGACUUUGGCGUUGCAAACGGGAGUAAACUGACAUUGGUGCCGUCAGUCGAAGCUGGUUUGAUGUCGCAGUCGCCCAGACCGGAGCAGUCAAUCAUGCAGGCGCUGGAGAGCCUCACGGAAACUCAGGUCAGUGAUUUCCUGUGUGGGCGCUCUCCCCUGACCCUGGCGCUGCGUGUGGGCGAUCACAUGAUGUUCGUGCAGCUCCAGCUAGCCGCGCAGCAGCCAGGCAGCCAGCAGCCGGCCUACAGGCACUCCCCCAGGGGUCCUUCAGGCACACACAGGACAGCCGCAGGGUCCUUGCAAACAGGAAGUGGCCACCUCAGGACCUCUCCUAGCACGCAGGAAGCGGUGGCACCAGUGGCAGCUGCCAGCAUGCCUGAGACGGGUAGCUGCCACCCCUCUGCCCACCCGAAGUGCCCCUCAACUACACCCGCCCCCCACAGUACGGGCGCUGCCUGCCCACAGACUGGCUGCAGCUCCAAGAGCCCCCCCACAGGAAGCCCCGCCCCCACAGGAAGCCCCGCCCCCACAGGGAGCCCCGCCCCCACAGGGAGCCCCACCCCCACAGGGAGCCCCGCCCGGAAGCCGGGGGCCAUCAUCGAGAGCUUCGUCAACCACGCCCCAGGGGUGUUCUCCGGAACAUUCUCAGGUACCCUCCACCCCAACUGUCAGGACGGAAGCGGACGACCGCGUCGUGACAUCACCACCAUCCUGCAGAUCCUCAACGACCUCCUGAGCGCCACACGCCACUACCAGGGUGCCGCGCCCGCGCCCACCCUGUGCCAGCUGCGCUGCCCGGCCGCGCCAGCCUCCCCUGCCCCCUCCACCGCCACCUCCUCUCCUCCGCCCUCCCCCUCGCCAUCCCUCUCUCCCCCCGCCUCCCCUCUCUCACACACACUCGGACAGCAACAACAACAACACGCCAGGACUGCUGGCGUGGAGCGGGAGCGUCAGUGGGAGAACCGGGCGACCCGUUGUAAGGUGGAGCGUCUCCAGCUGCUGCUCCAGCAGCGUCGCCUUCGCCGAAAGGCCCGCCGCGACACCCGUGCCCCCUACGCCUGGUCGCCUGGCAACCGCAGGGUGGCCCGCAGCCAUAGCAACAGCAGCGCGGCCUCCUCCACCUCCUCGUCAUCCUCGUCCGCCGGAGAGGCGUCGUCUCUAGAGCUGGACUACGACGACGCCGUAUGGAAGGCCGAGGCCCCGCCCACGGACCUCAGCAGCGAGGUCAUCAUGGCCUGAUGGAGGGAUGGACGAAAGACGACAAAAGAGGGGGAUGAAAGGUGCGGCGGAGAGGAGGCAUGAAGAGAUGGGAGAUGGAGGGAUGAGGGACGGGAAGCAGAAAGAGAAA